AUGGAUGAUUCUGGUGAUUUAACAUCAGAGAUUAUCGAAAACCCAGAUCAUAAUAUUCAUAUCAGUAAAAAUCAAAGAAAAAGAGGCCGUCCAAAAAAUAUACUUUGGGAACACUUUAAUGAAAUUAAUCCACAUGGUGAUGGUCACAAAGGUUGGGAAUUUCCUUUCAAUAUUAAGCAAGAACUUUUGCAAAAAUUUCCCAUACCAAACCAAAAAAGAAAAACCAAAUUAGCAUUAGAUAUUAUUACUGGUACACAACCACAAAUUGAUAAUAAAUUUCUAGUUGUUAACAAUAUGGAUCCCGGACAAGAAGAAUUGU